AUGGACAGCGACGAGGAAGCCGCGCAGGCCGCCGACUUCGUCCGCAACAACAAGGAGCGGCGGCGGAGCCGGCUCGACGACGUGAGCUUCGACGACGACGGCAAGACCCGUGACUCGGCGGGGGCGCGGGCCAGCGACCGGCGGCGCGCCGUCGCGGCGCGGCCGCCCGCGGGAGGACGCGGCGCCGACCGCUGGGCCGGGCAGGCCGACAGCGACGAAGAGAGCCGCGACGGCGCCGCGCAGCCGCCGGCCAAACGGGCGCGCGUCGGCGCGCCGGCCCGGAGGUCCCCCCACUUCAGCUCCGGCGGCCGAGACGCGGCGGACGCGAUCGAUGUCGACGACGAGCCCCGCGGAACCCCGGAGGUCGUCGAGGUCGACGACGGCCGCGCCCGCGCACCCGCGCCGCGAGCCGGCCGCUUCCGCGCGCCGGAGCGCCGAUCGACGCGGCGCCUCGAGGAGCCUCCGGCGCCGCCGCGCCGGAACCCGCGCCGCGGCGAGGAGCGGGUCAUGCUCCGAUGCCGCCGCGUCUACUUCGGCACGGCCCUGCGGCGCGACGUCACGGUCGUCUUCGCGCCGUCCUGCGUCACGAUGGAGUGGCGGAGCGACACGUCCGGGCUCUACAUCGAGACCAGGCUGGCGCCGUCCCACAUGACCUCGUUCGACUUGUACCACGGCCCGGCGCGCGGCGCGGGCGGCGACGGCGAGGCCAACCCCAUCAACCUCGCGGACGACGACGAAAUGGCGCCGGAUGCGAUCCGCGAAUUUUUCGCCAUCGGCCUGCGCCAGAAGCCGCCGCACCUCCGCUCCGUGGAGGGCUUCGAGCCCACCGACGACGCGGGGCCGCGCAAGUACGUCGUCGUCGUCCUCGACGGCGAGGCCCUCGCGACCUUUAAGCGCGAGGCGGUGCCGGCCGUCGUCUGGGGCGGUCACGUCGGCUGGCCCGCCGCGCCCGUCCUCGGCACGGCGGCGGCGGCGCGGCCGUUCCUCGAGGGCGUUCCCAUCGCCGACGCGCUCGCCGCCGCCGACGCCGCGGAGGACGCCGCGGCGUUGCGGCGGACGCCUUCCCGCGCGUCGCGCCGCGGCCGCGGCCGCGCCGCCCGGUCGGUCGUCGACGUCGAGGCCGAAGACCCGGACGCGGCGCUGCCCGCAUUCGUGUACCCGCGGCCCGACGCGCCCGACGCCAUCACGCUCGUCCGGGGCGACCGCGGGCGCCUCGACGACGGCGAGUUCCUCAACGACAAUCUCAUCAACCUCUACCUCCGGCACCGCACGAGCUCGGCGGAGGCGCCGCCCCUCGACGCUCACGUCUUCUCGACGUUCUUCUUCACCAAGCUGUCCGAGGCGCCGCGGCACGCCUCGGCCGAGGCCUACGAAAAGGUCAAGAGCUGGUGCCGCGGCGUCGACCUCUUCGCGAAGGACGCCCUCUUCGUCCCCGUCAACGAGCACCUCCACUGGUCGCUGGCGGUCGUGCUCCGGCCGGGCGCCGCCGCACCCCCGUCCGCCGUCGUCGACCUCGCGGCCUCGUCGGACGACGAGGCCGCCGCCGCCGCGGAACCCCCGACACCGGCCGGUCCGUGCGUCCUCGUCAUGGACUCGCUCCGCUCGCACGACGCGGCCCGCAUCGCCGCGUACGUCCGGUCCUUCCUCCGCGCCGCCUGGGCGGACCGCCCGGGAGCGCCGGGCUGCGACGGGCGCUUCGAGGAGGCGUCCAUGCCCGUCGUCCUGCCGGACCUGCCCCGACAGCGCAACUCCUUCGACUGCGGCGUCUACGUCCUGAAGUUCUUCGACCUCCUCUACGGCCGGCCGCCCCCGGUACGCGCGGGCGGUCGCGACACGACGUUCAGCGGCCAAUUCGCCAAGAACCUCUUCACCCGCGCGGACGUGCUCGCCGAGCGGAAGCGACUCGCCGCGUUCUUCGACACGCGCGCCGCCGCCGCCGCCGCUACCCUCCGCGCCCCGCCGCCGGCCGGGAACCGCGACGUCGCCGCCGACCUCGCGGCCGCGAUGCCCGAGGCCCGGGCGCGCCAGCGGCGGGACGUCGCGAGGAGCGCGCCCUCUCCGGCGCCCGCCGCCGCCGUCGACCUCACCGCCGGGGCCGCUUUCGUCGUCCCGCCCGUGCGCCAGAGCUACAGGCGCCGCGCCCCUGACGACGACGCCGUUCCAACGCAUAGAUGAUUCACACGUGUGUACUUAGU